AUGGCUCGAGGACUGCCGAAUGCCGCCAGCCUGGCGAGCUUCUGCAGGAAGCUGAAUCGGCUAAAACCACUGGAGGAGUCCACCAUGGACACGUCGCUGCGACGUUGCCUGUCCCUGCUGGACCUGACCCUGUUGGGUGUGGGUGGCAUGGUGGGGUCAGGCCUCUAUGUACUCACUGGCACCGUGGCUAAAGAGAUGGCUGGACCCGCCGUACUGGUGUCCUUCGCGGUGGCGGCAGUGGCCUCUCUGCUAGCAGCCCUGUGCUAUGCGGAGUUCGGUGCCCGUGUGCCCCGCACAGGCUCUGCCUACCUGUUCACCUACGUGUCCAUGGGCGAGCUAUGGGCCUUCCUCAUCGGCUGGAACGUGCUUCUUGAGUAUCUCAUCGGUGGUGCUGCUGUGGCCCGUGCCUGGAGCAGCUACCUGGAUGCCAUUUUCAGCCAUCAAAUCCGCAACUUCACAGAGACCAACCUGGGUGUCUGGGAGGUACCCUUGCUGGCCCGGUACCCAGACUUCCUGGCUGCAGGUGUACUGCUCCUGGCAUCUGCUUUCGUCUCCUGUGGAGCCCGAGUCUCCUCCUGGCUCAACCACACAUUCUCAGCCAUCAGCCUGGCCGUCAUCCUCUUCAUCAUCAUCCUUGGCUUCAUUCUGGCCCGCCCGCACAACUGGAGCACUGAGGAGGGCAGUUUUGCACCCUUCGGCUUCUCGGGCAUCAUGGCUGGCACUGCCACCUGCUUCUAUGCCUUCGUAGGCUUUGACGUCAUUGCUGCCUCCAGCGAGGAGGCCCGGAACCCGCAACGAGCAGUGCCCAUGGCCAUCGCCAUCUCUCUCGGCCUGGCAGCUGGUGCCUACAUCCUGGUCUCCACUGUGCUCACCCUCAUGGUACCCUGGCAUAGCCUCGACCCAGACUCAGCACUCGCCGAUGCCUUCUUUCGGCGUGGCUACAGUUGGGCUGGCAUCAUCGUGGCUGUUGGCUCCAUCUGCGCCAUGAACACUGUCCUGCUCAGCAACCUCUUCUCCCUGCCACGCAUCGUCUACGCCAUGGCCUCCGAUGGGCUCUUCUUCCAGGUGUUUGCCCGUGUGCACCCCCGGACACAGGUGCCUAUGGUGGGAAUACUGGUAUUCGGGGUCCUCAUGGCCCUCCUGGCACUCCUGCUGGACUUAGAGGCACUAGUCCAGUUCUUAUCCAUUGGCACGCUGCUGGCCUACACUUUUGUGGCCACCAGCAUCAUCGUGCUGCGUUUCCAGAAGACCUCUCCCCCCAGCUCCCCAGGUCCAUCCAGCCCAGGACCCCUGACCAAGGAGCACAGCUCCUUCUCAGACCACCUCCAGCUGGUGAGCAAUAUGCAGGCCUCAAACCCUGAACCUGGGCAGCUGCGGCCAGCCCUGAAACCCUACCUGGGUUUCCUGGGUGGGUGCUGCUCAGGAGCCUCUGUGACCUGGACGAUUGGUGUCCUGGUGGCCUCGGCCAUCAUCCUGGGCUGCGUGCUGGUCUUUGGGGACUCUAGCCUGCACCUCCCACACUGGGCCUACAUCCUGUUGCUCCUGCUCAGCGGUGGAACGUUUCUGCUUAGUCUCCUUAUCCUGGGAGCCCACCAGCAACAGCACCGGCAGGACACCUUCCAGAUCCCUCUGGUGCCCCUGACUCCGGCCCUGAGCAUCCUCCUCAAUGUCUGUCUCAUGUUGAAACUGAGCUACCUGACCUGGCUGCGCUUCUGUAUCUGGCUGCUGGUUGGACUUGCUGUGUAUUUUGGCUAUGGCAUCUGGCACAGCAAGGAGAACCUUCGGGAGCCACUGGGGUUGACUGCCACGCGCUAUGUAGUAUUUCCCAACGGCAGCUUGGAGGGGAUAGUGCAGGUUGUGCAGCCUUCUGGCCAGGUGCCUGCCCCGGAGCCCAACUGCUUGGAACAGCCAGCUACCCCAUGA